GGGAUUUUUGUGGAUAGGCUCAAACACGUACACAGCGCAUUAAUCUCUCUCUUCGAUCUACGCCGCCAUUGUUAGCGUCUUCGAGCUCCUUCUCCUUCGUCGUCCUCGUGGCCAACUUCUUAGCCCCCCUCUCAUGGAAGCGGAUGUUUCAAUCCACUCGAGUUGGGGUGCACAGGUUUGGGAUGGGUCGUGGGUUAUAAGCGAGCUAGGGAUUUGUUGAUUGGGCGUGGAGUGUUUUUGGUUAAAAAAAAAAAAAAAAAAAGCUCUUUUUAGGGUUUUGAGGAGAUGGGAAUGUUGAAUAAUAAUAGUGGGAAGAGGUAUUUGUUAUGCUCGUUUGUUAUUGUUGCUGUUAUCUACAUGAUGGCGGGAUUGGGAGCUGCGAAUGUGGUGUUGAUGGGGAAUAACGUGACCUUAUCCUUCGACGAUGUCGAGGCGAACUUCGCUCCGCCAGUAAAAGGAUCAGGCGAAUGUGGUGUACUGUACAUAGCCGAGCCUUUGGACGCGUGUUCUCCGUUCACAAAGAAAGCUGUGCAAGGUCCGGUUCCCCCGUUCGCUUUGAUUAUAAGAGGAGGGUGCACAUUUGAUGAUAAAGUUAGAUAUGCACAACGUGCCGGUUUCAAAGCGGCAAUCGUGUACGACAAUGAGGAUGGUGGUGCUUUAAUCUCAAUGGCAGGAACUUCAAGCGGCAUCCAUAUACACGCCGUGUUCGUCUCCAAGGCCUCUGGCGAAACACUGAAGAAAUACGCCGGUCGGACUGAUAUUGAAUUGUGGAUUAUUCCGACUUUCGAGAAUUCAGCAUGGUCAAUAAUGGCUAUAUCUUUCAUAUCACUACUCGCAAUGUCGGCUGUGUUGGCUACAUGCUUCUUCGUACGAAGGCACCGAAUAAGGCGCGAACAGCCUAGGGUUCCUAAUAUCCGAGAGUUCCACGGGAUGAGCAGUAGAUUGGUGAAAGCUAUGCCGAGUCUCAUAUUCACUUCGGUUUUGGAAGAUAAUUGUACGUCAAGAACAUGUGCGAUAUGCCUAGAAGACUACAAUGUGGGGGAGAAGCUAAGGAUUCUGCCGUGCCGUCACAAAUUCCAUGCUCUUUGUGUCGAUUCGUGGCUCACCACCUGGCGGACCUUCUGUCCUGUCUGCAAGCAAGAUGCAAAUGCUGGGAUGGCCGCCAAUCUUCCUGCGUCGGAAUCCACCCCUUUGCUUUCUUCCAAUGCACCGUCUCCAAUCUCGUCUAGGGCGUCUUCCUUCCGCUCAUCGGUUCCCGCAUCCCCGUCUAUACAAAUACUCCCACCUCCCCAUGCGCAAUCAGUUUCCCGAACUUACUCCAAUUCUAGUAAUCCCCUCAUCCCUAACCCUAACCCUAGUAGGUCCUAUACCCGCUCCUCGGCUAUCAGCAUAAGCGGAAGCUCCGCCGACCUAAGACAUCUAUCGGCCUCCCACCGAUCUCGAGCCUCUCAUUUAGCUUCUCCGCAAUCGUUGGGCCUUCCGAUGUCCUCCCCAGUCAAUUCAAGGCUCAUGAAUCCGUAUAUUCCUAAUUCAAGCAAUGCAUCCCCGAGCUAUCUUUAUGGGUCUUCGAGCCGGCAGUCGUACUUACGGCACUGCGCCGAAUCGGACGCCAGUUUGUCUGCUUUGGCUUCUGCACAGUCUCUUCCCGGAUGUUGAUCCUCUUCGCAAUUCUCAUACAUCUUCUCAAUCGGGGCUUUAUCCCGGUUCGGCUCCAUGUGAUCGGCAACUUUGGUGUGCGGGUUGAUGCGUCGGGUGCAAAUGUCAAUACACGGCGAAUAUGAGUUGCAGAUAUUGAUAUUCUCAUAGAGGGUUCUAUUUGGUGCUGUGGUUGUUUGUUUUCGUAGUUCUUUUAUUUGUAUCUGUCUUACUGGUGGUUUUGGUUUUCGUCGGAAAAUUUACUAUUUCGGGCUCGCAUACUUCUGUCUAAACACUGUUGACACCUCUACUUUUUACACGACGGAAUUGGUGUUGUCAUACCUCAUAUACUUUGAUUAUUUUCGGAAUGGAUGUGAAUAGGAAAUCCAAAUAUUAUGUGUAAUUUGGAGUUCUCCACAAUUUGAUUAUUUUUAUCAUUGUGGGCAAGUUUCUCUACUUGAUUCCUUCUGAGAGUUCUCUGCAA